UCUCUGCGCUUUCCUUAAAUUCUUUUUUCUCUUCUGUCUUUCUCAUCCCAGCACAAACCUUAUCCAUCUCUGUAUCAUUGGCUUGAUUCGAUAUUGGAAUUUGGAACCCUAUCUUUCUUAUUGCUUGCUCUGUUUUUUUAGGAUAGCAUAAUUCUGUACACAAGCAAUGUCCCAAAAUGCAUUUCCAUCGGUUCUCAAUAAGCCACCGGGAUACCAAGAUCCAAACUCUCCGCCCAUAAAUCUUGGGUUCAGACCGCCGCCGCGAAAGCCGAUUCUGCCGCCUUCAUUCGGACCCAAGAAGAAAAGGAGCAGUUGUUGUCAUGUUUGUUGUUGCUUUUUCUGCAUAUUCUUCUCCAUCCUUAUCGCCCUCCUCCUCAUCUUCGCUGCCGUUUUCUACUUUUGGUUCAACCCUAAACUGCCAGUCUUCCACGUCAAAUCAUUCCAAAUCUCCCGCUUCAACGUCACCCGAAAACCCCAUGGAACCCACCUCGACGCCGCGGCAACGAUGGCAAUUGAAGUGAAGAACCCCAACAGGAAGAUGACGUAUUAUUUCGGCGACACGGUGGUCGACGCCAGCGUCGGAAAAGGUGGGGACGAGACUGAGUUGGGAACGAUGAAGGUGCCCAAGUUCACUUCGAAGAAACAAAGCACGACGAGUUUGAAAGUGGAGACGAAGGCGAGCAACAAGCAAGCGGAUGAUGCGGUGGCUGAUAGGCUUCUGGCUGGGUACAAAGCCAAGAGCUUGGCGGUGAACGUGGCGGCUAAGACGAAAGUCGGAGUGGGUGUCGGGGGGUUGAAGAUCGGCAUGUUGGGGGUUACCGUUAAUUGCAAGGGAAUCACCAUGAAACAGCUUGCCGGCGGUGAUACGCCUAACUGCGUCACCCACACCUUAAGAUGGUAA